GCAGAAUAUAUAAAAGCUAAUAAUGACUGGUUAGAUGCCCAAGCCAACGCUAAAGCAGCCCAACUUAUAGGGUCAAUAAGGACAAAAAUACAAGCGGAUGAAGACAGUUCAAAUGAAGCUUUAAUGAAUGCUGACUUUAAGAAUGCCUUCGAAGCUCUUCAUAGUAAGGUGAAACUAGUGAACGACUUCUCAUCUGGAAAGAAACUGAAGUCUGAAGGUUUCGACAAAGAGUUAAGAGAAGUAGCACAAAAUAUGACGAAAAUAACAGAUGCAGCAACGAGA